UACAGGAGAUGAGCAGAGACUACAGACAUAGUACAGGAGAUGACCAGAGACUGCAGAUAUAGUACAGGAGAUGACCAGAGACUGCGGACACAGUACAGGAGAUGACCAGAGACUGCGGACAGCACAGGAGAUGACCAGAGACUGCAGACAUAGUACAUGAGAUGACCAGAGACUGCGGAUAUAGUACAGGAGAUGACCAGAGACUGCGGACAGUACAGGAGAUGACCAGAGACUGCGGACACAGUACAGGAGAUGACCAGAGACUGCAGACACAGUGCAGGAGAUGAUCAGAGACUGCAGACAUAGUACAGG